GGUUGGGAAGCAGCUAUAAAAGCUCUAGUGCUUGCUGGAGCCCCUCGGAGUGCAGACUGAGGAGACCGAAGCUGGAGUACACCCGGGAGUAGAGCUACAGCGAACUACAGGUUAUUUCCCAAAGCCACCAAGCAACUGGCUGCUGAGCCCUGCUUGAGGGCUGGGAUGGAGGAUAGCCAGGGUGUUCUGUCCAGGACCUCCAGUGAAUUGCUCAGGAUGCAGGUCCUCGUGCUACUCCUCUGGACUGGAGCCCUGCUAGGGCAUGGCAGCUGCCAGAACAUUGCCAGCAGCCCAGAGGCUCCUGAAAGCACAGGGGAGCCAGUGGAGGAGGAGGACCCCUUCUUCAAGGUCCCUGUAAACAAGCUGGCAGCAGCUGUCUCCAACUUUGGCUAUGACCUUUACCGGCUGAGAUCCAUCGAGAGUCCCACCUCCAACGUGUUGCUGUCUCCGCUCAGUGUGGCCACAGCCCUCUCUGCCCUUUCGCUGGGAUCAGAACAGCGAACAGAAUCUGUUAUUUACCGGGCUCUCUACUAUGACAUGAUCAGCAAUCCUGAUAUCCACGGAACCUACAAGGAACUCCUUGCCACUGUCACUGCCCCCCAGAAGAACCUGAAGAGUGCUUCCCGGAUUGUCUUUGAGAGGAAGCUGCGGAUAAAAUCCAUCUUUGUUGCACCACUGGAAAAGUCAUAUGCGACCAGGCCCAGAAUCCUGACUGGCAACCCACGAGUUGACCUUCAAGAGAUUAACAACUGGGUGCAGUCCCAGAUGAAAGGGAAAAUCCCCAGGUCUACAAAGGAAGUGCCCAGUGAGAUCAGCAUUCUCCUCCUUGGCGUGGCUUACUUCAAGGGGCAGUGGGUAACAAAAUUUGACUCCGGAAAGACUUCUCUCCAGGAUUUCCACUUGGAUGAGGAGAGGACUGUGAAAGUCCCCAUGAUGUCAAAUCCCAAGGCCACUUUACGCUAUGGCUUCGAUACUGAUCUCAACUGCAAGAUUGCCCAGCUGCCCUUGACUGGACGCAUGAGUGUCAUCUUCUUCCUGCCCAUGAGGGUGACCCAGAAUUUGACCAUGAUAGAAGAGAGCCUCACCUCUGAGUUUGUUCAUGACAUAAACCGAGAACUGAAGACUAUCCAAGCAGUCCUGAGUAUCCCCAAGUUGAAGCUGAGUUUUGAAGGCGAAGUUACCAAGUCCUUGAAGGAGAUGAAGCUGCAAUCCUUGUUUGAGUCACCUGACUUUAGCAAGAUCACAGGGAAACCCAUCAAGCUUACUCAAGUGGAACACCGGGCUGGUUUUGAAUGGAAUGAGGAUGGGGAAGGAAUCACCAUCAACCCAGACCUUCAGCCUACCCAACAAACCUUUCCCCUGGACUAUCACCUGAACCAACCUUUCAUCUUUGUCCUGAGGGACACGGACACAGGGGCCCUUCUCUUCAUAGGCAAGAUUCUGGACCCCAGGGGUACUUAAUUAAUGCUCCAGUUUAAUGUUCUAGUACUAUAGAAGAAAACCACCAGGGAUAGCAGUUUAUACACUAGGAGGGCAGUCCUCAUAGUUUCAAUACAUACUUUGCAAUAAAAGAGCUUUAACCUUAACUUUUGUUACUGUGUUUCCU